AUGUUGUAUACAGAUACAGCUGUACCGGAAGUGCCACAUGGAAGCCCAGAAAAACGUUCUACUUCUAAGGUCGCUGUUAACCCAUACUACAAAGUCCCAGAUGCUUCUUGGUGGACAAAUGAGGAAUUAAGAGAAGAAGAAAUAAAGAAGGAUUCUAAAGAGACGGCUAACCCGCUUAAGGAGUUCCUCGAUGUCAUAGAAGCACCGUUCGAGGUCGUGGAAGAAACGGUAAAGACGUUUCUACAGGGAAUAAUGAACUUAGCCAAGGGCAACACCUGUGAAGGGGUGUCGGAGACGUUAAUGCCGGUUAUACACGCAAUGGUCAAAGAAUUCAUCAAGGUAUCGGAUGAGACUGGUUUCAAAUCUAUUCUUAACGAAAUCGGAGCCGAAAUAACCAAGUUCUUAAACUACCCAGUUAUACGAGAAGGAUGGAAGUUCCUGAACACACGCCUGGAAGACAUUCCAGUGGUAGGACUGUGGUUUAAAACAGUCGGGAAGGCAGAGGGCAUCCGGCUCAAAAUCCUCUUGGAUUUUUUAUUGGCCCUAGGCAUCGAUACAAUAGAGCACCCAACCAUUCUCGAUAUUCUGUUGGCCAUUCCAGGAGUGGGAGAGUUUGCUGAAGCUGCCAAGGCUGCCGAAGAAGGCAUUAAAUUCGCAGAAAAAGCAGCCAGAACUGCAGAAAGUUUAGCCAGUAUUACAGGAGAGAAUAGAGCCUUGGCCGAAAUUGAAGCAAUCGCCAAAUAUGCAGAUAAAGCAGAUGCUGCAGCAGAUGCAGCAGAUGCUGCCGCUAACUCAGCCAAAGGCACCGAAUAUGAAGCCAAAGCUUUGAAGCAAGCAGUUAAAGCUGACAAAGCAUCUAAGGCUGCGGACAAAGAAUUCAGUGACGAAGUGGAGAAAGCCAAGAAGCUUUGCCGACGUGGACCAGUUGUGUCUUGGGUCUGCACGGGCGAAAAUGCUUCGGGCGAAGAAGCUCCCGGAGAAGGUGCUAACCGGAGCCAGGCACGCCGAAACAGGAAGGAGAGAAGGACCAGGCGCAUGAAUAAGAAAGCAGAGACGGAGUCAGAGACGAAUCUGGCUAAGCCCCAGGGGCAGAACAAACCCACAGGAGAUGGCUACGAGAACACGGGCAACAACCCUACAGGAGAUGGCCACGUGAACACGGACAAUAAACCCACUGGAGAUGGGUACGAGAACACGGGCUUCAACCCCACUGGAGAUGGCUAUGAGAACACCAAAACCCCCACUGGAACUUCUAUAAGUAGCGCUGCUGAGAAGGUUGACUUUCAUCGGUUUAAGUUGGUGGAUGAACAUACCGACCCAAACCACAUACUCGCCCGCUCCUCGGCACCGAGCUACAUUGAUGAGCUAGAAAAAGACGGGACGCAGGAAUUGAGCGUCCGCCAAGCCGAUUUCCUCAAGGAAAAUGGCUUCGAUAACAUUAUUAGCCUAAAUUCGCAACGUUUGUCAGAAGCGGAGGAGGACCUCCUGAAGAAACGGGGAAUAGAUUAUACCCAUCUUCCUGUUAAGGACUUCCAUCCUCCUACACUUGAUGAUUUACGUACAGGGGUGGCUGAAUACAAUAAUCAUAGAGCUACACUUGUCUGGUGUGGCUUUGGGCAUGGAAGGACAGGAACAAUGAUCAGUGCAAUCCAGAUCGAAGUCAACGCUAAGAGUGGGUUAGAAAGGUUAACAGAAGACCUCUUCAAGAAGAACCACGUUGAGAAAGAGAGCCAAUUCAAAAUACUCGAAAAGUUCCAGGAGGAACGGUUCAGAGCCGGACGUGUGUUUUAA